UCCGCUUUUGCGUUACGGGAUGCCGUUACUUGUAUCUUUAUUCCUUCCAUCAAAUAGAGAGCAAGUGGAAAGGUCAAUUUAUAAAUAUUCCUGUUUCCUCAAUCCCCCCCUCCCCCACAACAACUGGAGUAGGAAUCAAUGUCCCGAACCAGUGGCUUCAUCUUUCAUUCUCCAUAUUACGAUUUCAUCUUCGUUAUACAGUACAAUCUUUUUGUCGUUAAGGCAUAUAUUUGCUUUCUAACACAAGAUCCACCUCGAAGACGAGAGUCUUUUGUCUGGUUUUGUCGAGUAAGGUUAAGAUAAUAUUCUUCAAUAUGAUGAGAGACGUCGUCACUCCUACCUUGUUCACUAUUGUGUUCAUGCUCUUCACAGGCCUCUAUGGCUUCGUAAAGUUCUCGCAUCAGAAUGACUAUGCGACUCACCACAACAUGGUAACCAAGGCGAAGGAGCAUGUAGGCUCGGUCUCGGCCGUAGCCACACCGGUUUACCACGACAAUCUUGGCGAUGAGGCACACCAGCAUGUUUCUAUGUUAGAGGACCAGCACGUCAUCACCGGCUUCUCCCGACCACUCAUUACAUAUUCCUAUGUUGAGUCCCCAACCGCUCUGGAGAAUUUGAUGUUCUUUCUCGACAAUGGUCUGCAUGGCGCCGCCGAUUUCAUCUUCAUCCUAAACGGACCUACCGACGUUGCCAAAUUCAUCCCUAGCAGGACCAACAUUCAAGUUGUCUCGCGACCAAACGAAUGUUUCGUCCUCGGCGCACACGGUGAAGUUCUCCGCAAGGAUGGUUUGUACAAGAAGUAUAGUCGUUUCAUCACUCUCAACUCUGACAUUCGAGGUCCUUUCCUACCUUACUCGAACCAUGGCUGCUGGAGUGAUGCGUUUCUACACCAAGUCACCGAGGACGUCAAGCUUGUCGGAAUGACUGCGAACUGCCUUCCAAAGUUCCACAUUCCGUCAAUGAUCUGGGCAACUGACACACUCGGCAUGGAACUUCUCCUUAACCUCCGCGAAGAUGCAUCAGCAUCGAACACAGCCUCGGGCAAUGGACAAGUAGCCGCAUUUCAAGGAUGUUAUAGCAACAAAGAGCAAGCUUUCAAUGGCGAAGUCGAAGCUACGGCUAUCAUCAAGAAAGCAGGUUACGAGGUCGAUGCCCUGAUGACAGCUUUCCACGCCUCUCAAGAUUAUGAAGAGUAUUGCGCUAAGGACCCUGUCGGAGACGUUCUCGAAGACAAGCAGUACAAUAACACAGACGCACACCCGUACGAGACCAUAUUCAUAAAGGCGACCCGCGACACUGACCCAGUCACCGUUGGUCGAUUGACAGAUUGGUACCAGUCUCACGCUAGCAAUGACACCUUGGGCAUGUGUGGUUGAAAUUGUUGAGUUGAACUAAUCUGGGUGGUGUAAAAAGGGUGUUGUCAUACAUUAACCACAAAAUUCCGACGAUGAGGAUAUGUUCAAAAGUUAGCUACCAUUCAAUUUUCUAGGCCGGCUUUCCUGUAGGCGAAAGCUAAAUAAUAAUCCAAAGUCGCUUUAUAUCGUUGUAAACUUCCC